UUUUCCCUUUCUCUUUCCCUUUUUUCCCUUUCCCCUUCCCUUUCUUCCCCUUCCUCUUCCACUUCUCCCCUGGGGGAUCGGCAGCAUCGGCGGUGGGGAGGGAAGGAAGAAAGGAUGAAGAGGCAGGGGGCCCUUGGACCCCAUGGCUUCCCCGGACUGUGGCUGGCUCUCAUCUCCUGCACCGCCCUAACGACGAGAGCGUCCGCGCCGAUAUGUGACGUGCUCACAGCCCUGCGCCUGGAGGAGGAGAUCUGUCAACGGAAGCUCAACGGCUCCCAGGAGGGUCAGUCCUUGCAAGGGGGCUGCGCUGGACACUGGGAGCAAGCCAGCUGUUGGCCCCAUGCCGCACUGGGUCAGACCGUGGAACUCGUCUGCCCAAGAUUCUUCCAGCUCCUGACGGGGAAGAACGGCUCGGUGUUCAGAACCUGCACCCCGAACGGUUGGACCAGGAUCUUCCCCAGGGUUGACGUGGCGUGCGGCUACGACGACGUGAACGACACCACCAACGAGGAGCGGCGGGCGUUCUACCAGAAGCUGAGGGUCGUCUACACGACCGGCUAUGCCACCUCGCUCGUCUCCCUGGCUGUGGCCCUCGGCAUCCUCGGGACCUUCCGGAGGCUCCACUGCCCGAGGAAUUACAUCCACAUGCACCUGUUCUCCUCGUUCAUCCUCCGCGCCCUGUCCAACUUCGUCCGGGACGCCAUGCUCUUCUCCGACAACGACCCGGCCCACUGCGACGCCGGCCGGGUCGGCUGUAAAGUGGUGAUGGUCUUCUUCCAGUACUGCAUCAUGGUCAACUUCAGCUGGCUGCUGGGGGAGGGUCUUUACCUGCACACCCUCCUCACGGCCCCCUUCUUCUCUCAGAGGGCCUUUCUGCACUGGCUCAUCAUCCUGGGCUGGGGAGCGCCGGCGGCGUUCGUCACCGCCUGGGCCUUGGCCAGACACUUCUGGGAAAACGUAGGGUGCUGGUUCAUUAACUCGGAGACGGGCAUUUGGUGGAUCAUCCGGGGCCCCAUCAUCCUCUCCAUCCUGGUGAAUUUCGUCCUCUUUGUGAACACGCUCCGCAUCCUCACCAAGAAACUCCAGACCCCAGAGACGUGCAGGAGGGAUGCCGCCCAGUAUAGGCGCCUGGCGAAAUCCAGCCUCCUGCUCAUGCCCCUCUUCGGGGUCCUCUACGUCAUCUUCGCCUUCUCCCCCGAGCAGUCCGACAGUCUCACCCUGGAGAUACAGUUCUCCCUGGAGCUGGCCGCGGGGUCCUUCCAGGGGUUCCUGGUGGCCGUGCUUUACUGCUUCCUCAAUGGAGAGGUGCAGCUGGAGAUGGGGCGCUGGUGGUCUCAGCGGGUCCCGGCCCGGCGCGUGCGGCCGCCCCAGCCCCUCGGCUCGUCGCUCGCCACCGACACCGGCUCCUUCGCCCUCGCCCACGGCCCCCCGGGGCCGAGACCCUCGAAGACGGGGCCCCGGAGGCCGGGACCCUGGAGGCCGGGACCCUGGAGGCCGGGAGGCCGGCUUGGCAGAAGCGUGCACGGCAUCAUCUGA